AUGUCCCUGCCGCAAUUCCUGAGGAAUGCGGAGGAGGAAAAAGACUUUCAAUUGGCCAUGCAACACAUGCACUUUUUCUAUGCCAACAGUGGUGCCGACUUUUGCAAGAGCGUUUGGCGCUUGGAGCAGCUCUGGCAAGGAAGAAGUAUAGCUGUUUACAGCCUUGCCGAAGGCAGAGUGGCAGAGGUACCUUUGAAGCGAUUGAAGUCCAUGGUGAAUGGCAAGUGCUGCAGCACUUGCGAUGACAAAUGUUGCAAUCUCCAUAUCAAUGAUGUGAUGUACCUGUGCCGUGGCUGGUGCCGAGCUGAGUUUGAAUGGGCUAAACCCAACACUGUAGAUAUCUCUCGCCAAGCCACGUUUCUUCGCUGCUGCUGGGCGACUUAUGAUGCGGAGUUUAUCCGCUUGUCCCUGCCCUGGACGCCUGAGGCGUUCCAGCAGCAACUCGCUAGCGAGCAGUUGAAAUUCACACAUCGAAGUGACAUGGGACCAGUGGUGAAGCUGCAAGAGCUUGUAUUUCAUCAAAAAGUCGCCACCAUGGAAGAAUUCCAAUGUAACUGGUUGAGAUUGUCAGAGGUCGAAGACUUGGUGAAGCUUUUGCCACGUUUGCAGGCCGUAGAGACGUUUGCUCUCAUGGCCGCCUACCUGUCGAGUCAACAACAGGUGCCCUUGGCAAAGGCCUUAGCUUUUCACCCCACGCUGCGCAAGGUCGAGAUCGCACACGUGCAACUGACGAUUCCAGCAGUGGAACUGUUAGUCUCGGCUCCUCGCUUACAUCGCUUAGAGAUGCUACGACUGGAUGCUUGUGGCCUAGGUGAUGCAGGUGCCAAGGUCGUCGCGGAUGCUUUCGUCAUUCACCCAGCGCUCACAGAACUGCACCUGGCCUUCAAUGGCAUUGGCAGCGCUGGGGCGGUGGCUUUAGCCCAUGCGCUUCCGGCCAUUCGCUGCUUGGAAGAACUGAAUGUGCGCUGGAAUCGCAUCCACUCGCUGGGUGCCGUGGCCUUGGCCAAUGCGGCGAACACGCUGAAACGCCUGGAUAUCCGAGACAACCCCAUUGGUGCUAAGGGCGCAAGAGCCUUGAGAUGCAGAUCCAUCGAUGUGGAAAGCGAAGUGCUUCAUUUCAAUGUAGACACAUCCUGGCUGGGCUUCUUCCGUUGCAUUCUGUGGCAACUCUUCAUGCGACUCUUCCUCAGCAUGGUGGUGCUUCCCAUGACAUGCUUCAGGUGGCGGCAAAGGAUGUUCCAUGUCAUGACGGCCAAAGACGGUUCCCGAGUUCGGCCCGCAGAGCCUUCGGAGAGUUCCGAGGAGGUCAUCCAGAGUGGUGAGGCCAAUGCGGCACACCGCUGUCAAAGUGACAAUGCCAGUGUGGCAACCAUUGACUGA